UUCCUCAAUGGACGAAGUCUGCAGAUAAAGAGAGGGAUUCACGCCUUUCUGGUUGCUACGCAACAGCCGUCCUCUGUCACGCAUGUGCGCGGUGCAUAGUGGGAGUAUCCGAGCGAUGCUGAAUCAGUGCUGGAGCGGAGGAGCAGAGGAGGCUGAAAAUGGUGCAGCAUCAACAAGGGGAAAAGGCGCAGCGGUCGCGCCAGUGGAAUAAUGCGGCUCUCCUUAAACUCACACUUUGAGAUUUUACUCCGACGACAGAAGAACAGGUAAAUGGCAGGAAUUGGUAAAGUGCUGGCCAGCCGAUGCAGUGCGUAGGGCCCGGAGUCCACGGUGACGAAAACAUGAACGGGGCAGGAGAGCAGGUCGACAUCCUGCCCUCCAACUGCUUGGUGAAAGAUCGCUGGAAAGUGCUAAAGAAGAUUGGGGGUGGAGGGUUUGGGGAGAUAUAUGAGGCCUACGACCUGUUGACGCGGGAGAAUGUGGCUCUUAAGGUGGAAUCUGCCCAACAACCCAAACAAGUGCUGAAGAUGGAGGUUGCUGUGCUAAAGAAACUACAAGGAAAGAACCAUGUUUGCAAAUUCAUUGGAUGUGGAAGAAACGACAAGUUCAAUUACGUUGUCAUGCAGCUGCAGGGGAGGAAUCUGGCUGAUCUCAGAAGAAGUCAGCCUAGAGGGACGUUCAGCAUGAGCACCACGCUACGGUUGGGGAAACAGAUCCUGGAGUCCAUUGAAGCCAUUCACUCUGUGGGCUUCCUGCACCGAGACAUUAAACCUUCUAAUUUCGCUAUGGGUCGAUUGCCGUCAACUUGUAGGAAGUGUUACAUGCUGGAUUUUGGUUUGGCACGACAGUACACAAAUACUAAUGGGGAGGUGCGGCCGCCCAGGUCAGUGGCUGGGUUCAGAGGAACAGUGCGAUACGCUUCCAUUAACGCUCACAAAAACAAGGAAAUGGGUCGUCAUGAUGAUUUGUGGUCGUUGUUUUAUAUGCUGGUAGAGUUUACCGUUGGACAAUUACCAUGGCGUAAGAUAAAAGAUAAGGAGCAGGUGGGACAGAUUAAAGAACGCUACGAGCACAGGAUGCUGUUGAAACACAUGCCUGCAGAGUUUCAUAUCUUUUAUGAUCACGUGCUGGAUUUGGAUUAUUUCACCAAACCUGAUUAUCAGUUGCUGAUGUCAGUAUUUGAGAACAGCAUGAAAGACAGGGUGAUAACAGAAAACGAGCCUUAUGACUGGGAAAAAUCUGGAACAGAUACGGCACUCCCUACCAGCACACACACACCACCACAGCAAAACACAAGGCAAACUGCUGCCAUUGUGGGGGUGGUAAAUGUGACUCUGGUACCCGGUGAACUACCGAGGGAAAACACUGAUGAUGUUCUGCAAGAUGAACACCUGAGUGAUCAAGAGAAUGCUCCACCUGCUUUAAUACCCAGCAGGCCUAGUGAACCGGCUCCAGCCGCACCUGCAGGUGAACCAUGGGAUGAAACUGAUUUCAAUCGAAACCAACUCAGGAUCAGCAUUAGUAAGACGCAAGUAGCAACAGAGGACGGAGAGGAGCCUGCUGGAGGAGGGAGGUCUGUUUCUCCAGCCAGGGGUGGGGAAGGUGAUGCUCAGGCUCGUCCUCCAAGGUACCGGAGAGUCAACAGCCCUGAAUCAGAGCGUCUGUCUGGUGCAGAGGAUAGAGGAGAUGGUGCAGAUAAACGCUCUCGUCUGGACAUGCUGGGCUCUCCAUCCAGGCAUGUCUACUCUUCUCAGCCUGCUCAGAUGCUGUCCUUAGAGGCUGGACAGGGAGAAAGGCUGGCCGGCGGCCGUCAUGAUGUCUCUGCAGACGGCGACCAGGAGGCCCACAGCAAUGCCUUCAUCCGCUCAGUCCCUCUGGCAGAGGAAGAGGACUUCGACAGCAGGGAGUGGGUGAUGAUCGAUAAAGAAACUGAGCUGAAGGACUUCCUCCCCGGGGCAGAACCAACAACCUCAGGCACCACAGAUGAGGAACCUGAGGAAUUACGGCCCCUCGAGGACCACGAGGAGAGGAGAAGGAGAGUGCAUGGAGGAGCUGAAGCUGUGGUUCGACCCAAAACGCAGCGAGGGAUGAUGAUUGUAGCAGAGGAGGAGGGAGCGGGGCCGAGUCCUGGUCAUUCAUCCUGUCACACGCUGCCCCGUUCCUGCCCGAGAAGAAGAGAGUCGGAGCCGUUUGGACCUGAUGGACCGGAGAUCGCAGUUGCUGAACCUUCGCCUUCUUCCUCUCAGACGCGUAUGAAGCGAGUGGACUUUGUGUCUGGUGUUUUGAUGUUUGAUGAUCUGAGAGAGGAGGGUGUGAAGACUGGAGGUUCAGGAAGUGAUGGAAGUCCACGCAGUAGUGAGGGAAGCCCAGAGGGGGCAGCUUCUACACUACUCGCCCCUGCACAUCGGGACCAUGACCAGGAAGAGGGCUCACGUACACUGGUGCUUGUGUCUGCUGGGAACGGACAAGUUUCACCUGGAGAUGGGCAGGGAACGCUCGCUGCUUUGACACCCCAGGGAGAGCGACCUGUGCCGGAUGAAUCUGAACCUGGCACUCUUUCCUCCGUCAUUAAAUCAGAACCCAGGCCUAUCGUCAUGACAACUGCGGCUGUGAUCACCAGCGGUUCAUCCUCGCCACCGUUCACUAAAGUGGAGCGCACUUUCAUCCACAUCGCUGAGACGUCACAUCUUAAUGUCAUGACAGCCAGACACCGUCCAUUUGGAUUUGAUGAGCCGAUAUCUGUUGAGCGUGAGGAAAUGGGGGAAGAGAAAGAGGAUCGGGCAGGGCAACUAGUGGAAAAAGAGAGGAAUAGUGAAGGGACUAAGGUAGAAAGGGAAGGGGAUGAGAAGAAAAAGGAAGAAAGUGAAGCUGAGAAUGAAAGGCAGGAGGAAGAAAAGACUGUGUAUUUAGCUGAGCAGCCAGUGUCUAUAGCUAUUAAAGAAAAGGUCUCAAUAGAAACCAAAUUGGAUGACGAACAAGAUGGUGUCACACAAGAAAAAGAACAGGAGCAAGAAGAGAGUCCAUCUGUGUCCCCUGAACAAAACAGAGAUGCUGAAAUAGAGGAUGAAAAGGAAAUGUCUCCACCGGAGGCGGAGUCACCGGAUAGAAAGCCACUCCCUCAGAGGCGGAGCCGUAUUCCUGUGCUCAUGUCAGAGGAUGAAACAGGCUCAGACAAGUCAUCGCAGACGAGUCAAGAGCAGUUGCAGCGAACUCGCAAAAGCAGACACCAACAGUUGGCCCGUCUGGUUCUGGAGCGUAAACAAACACACAUGAUGCGCUCUCGCUCCGCCUCCUCACACUCUCCGACACUCUCCACCACUGCAUCUGAGGAUGAAGCCCACCAAUCUGAUGACUCCGCUAGAGGAGCGGAUGGAAAAAUUAAGAGUAGAAUCCCUCGGCCAAUCACACCUAUCAGGGGCUCUUACGACCUGUUAGGGGGCACAACUCAACCCCAAACCCAGAGAUCUGUGUCUUUUAUUCAAUACAGAACCAACAGUUCUAUCAAUCCCAAGAUUCAGAAAUCUGCAAGUCUGCACACAAAUAUUCAUCAGCAGCCGCCUAAACCUCAGCUCCGCCCAUCUAAAACACUUCCACCCCGUCCUCCAUCUUCAGGUCCCUCCCACACACAAGGUAGCCGGACGGCCACACGUACCAUUACUCGUACCUCAGCUUCUAAUGCCACCAGAAGCAUCAGCACUUCCCCUCGAAGCUACGGCACCUCCCGCACCGACAGCCCCUCGCCUCAGCGCAUUCGACGACAGCUUGCAGCCAAUGAAACGCAACGACAGCCCCAGCAGCCCAGACCUCCUGUCCCAUCCCUGUCUAAAUCCAAACCUCAGGACUCCACCACCCCCAGAAAGAGCAAAUCCCACCCAUCGACCUCAACGAAAGCAAAGAAAGAUCCAGUGGAGUCGAAAACAAAAACAAGAUAAUUACAGUGUGUGAAGAAGGACUCCAUUGCUCUAGAUUAUCUUCAUCCUCAGCAUCAACACCACAAUCACUCUCUGAAUUAUCAGACACGCAACCAAACAAUAUGAACUACACGUUUGCUAUUCUGCCAAGUGACUGCAGCAGCUACUUAAAUACCUCUGCUGAGGAAAACCUCUGACAUUUACACACAGCGAGUGUGUGUGUGGGAGAGUUGUCAUUAAUGAGGUGUCUUGGACAGAUAAGCACACCUCAUAUGCCUUAAACCUGCGAAGGAAAUUAUUGCUGCCAUCACAACAAAGCUUCCACAGGCUCUCAUGUCCACAGCGCAAACACUACUAUCAUGUUCAAUAAUAAAGCCGAUCAUACCGUACAAGUAAAAAUUGGGUCCACCGCAGCUUUAAAGCUUUAAAAUACAUUGAAGUACAUGCCAAUUAUUUAAAUGAAAUAUCACUUUUGAAACAGGGAAAACCAACAUCAGAAUCAGAAUCUACAAAUCCUAAAUAAAUACAAAAUUAUUAUUCAGUUCAUUUGUGUAUAAGUGAGACUUUUAUAUCAGUUAAUGCAGUGUGCUGACCUGUAUUAGGUAGUUCUGUUCAAAAAUGCUGAAAAAUGUGAUAUGAUUCCUAAUUGACCCUUCGCUAAGCUCCCCCCCCCCUUAGUUACUGUUGUUACGCCUGUCAAGCUUUCUAUUACACCGGUGUAAGACAUUCCCAGGGAUAUAAUUAGUCAUUUUUGGCAAACAGGUGAGAUAUCCGAGAAAGCCAGACAAAAAAGGACUGCAGUAUGCAUUAAAGGGGUAUAUUCUCGACAUAAUACGCAACCGAUUAGAAAAUAAUUUAAUAAAAAUUGAAGCUAGGUUAGCCCAGCCACCUCAUACACUGACCAUUCAACAGCUUAGUUCAUGCACAGCAGCUGAAAUUUAAAAAUACCCUAAUAAUAACUAAUUAAACUGCGAUUUCUCUUUCUUUUAGCCAAAAAGCCUAAUAGAUUAAUUGUUGUGCAAUGAAAUAUAGCGUUACUAACCGAUGAGGAAACAUGCAUGGACAGUGCUUCUACAUAAUUCAUUCAUAGAAAGAGCAGCCAGAAAGGGAAAAUUGAUGGAUUUGUGCCAAUAUUAGCAUUAUUGACCCAAAACAAUGUACAGUACCAAGAACUGUCAGUAUGUUUGUGUGCUUUUUAUACCGUUUUUAUUCUAAUUUGCAGUUAAGUGGAAAAAAUAAAUAAAUUGAAAUGCAAAUCAAAGUAUAAUUAGCAGAAGAGAACAAAUAGAUUUUCCCGACCAGCAAAAAUUAAUCAGACGCUUAAUAUAAAAGCAGACACCAACCUGCUAUAACGUCGUCACCAAUGACUAAAUCUCUAAAAGAUGGACGAAAACAUCGGUGAAUUGUAGCUCUGACAUGGGCAUGAGGGUUAUAAAUUACUGAAAAACAGCUGUGGGUGAUCGCAAGUGCUUAGUUUGUGAUCACAUCUCGGUUUUGUUCUGUUGAUAUGUAGUUUCAAACAUUCGUAACUUGAAGCAGAUGAAAAUAUGACUGGAUUGUACUCGCUCUUACAGCUAUUACGGUGUAAACAGAGCAGAGCUCAUAUCGAGCAAAAAAAGAAAAAGUCAGCUGGGAAACAUAACCUGCUUUGUAUUGCUGUAGGAAACACAGUUUAGAUCUGUUUAGGGUAAGAGAUAUGUGAGUUAUUGCCGUCUAUCUCUGAAUGUGUCAGAAAUAUCGGAAACAAAACCAACUUAACUCCGCUCUUUUAGCGCCCCUCACAGAGCUUUGGAAAGGGAAAAAAAUUCCACCUUCCCAUCCAAACUUUUAGGAUACCGGGUAUCAGAUUUGUACAAUGCAUAUGCGUAAUGCUUUAGCUUGUUUCCCUCGCUCGAAAGCUUGACAGACCUCCUGCGCAUAGCUACGUUUGUUAAGCCACGAUUGGUGUGUGGCGGUUUUCGGGCGUGGCUUAGCGAAGGGUCAAUUCUGGUAUAAAAACCUCAAUUUGAUUUCUACACAGAACUAAGGGUAUGUUUACACAACACUGUCAACUAAAAACAUUAAAACUAAACUUAAAAACAACUAAUUUUAAGCGUUUUUGGUUGAUGAUUUACAUGAGAACUUAAAAUUAAGUGGCUAAAAAUACAAACUGUUGAGAAUGGGUUACAAAGCCUAAGUUCUGAUCUCCAUGUACCCUACCCUACCCUACUCCUAAAUGGAGUUUUGUGUAAAAUGGUGACAUUAUGCGCAUGUAUAUUACAGUAUAUGCUCAAUUUAUAAGCAUGUGUGACUACUUGACAACUAAAACAAUUCUGACGGAUUACAGGACUGUGAGGAUUACGGAUUGUUUACAAAAUUACAUCGCCAUCUUCUGACCUGGCAUGCAUAAUACAACUUUUUUAGUAGUUUUCAUAGAUGCGUGUGAAAUGGGAUCAUCUCUGUGUAAAGCACAGAAAUGGUUUGUAAAAAUUUGAAUGUUUUGAAUUUGUAAAAAUGGUGACAUCAUGCAUAUUACAUAUAACAGUCUAUAGGCUUUUGUGUACCUGGAAUAACCAAAAUAAUGACGGCUACUGAACCAUAUAUGCACAGGUUUGUGGUGUUUCUUUACUGGUGAUGUCACCAUCUACUGGCCUGGCAUGCAUAAUCUAGUCGUUUUAGCAGUUUUUUUUUUUCAAAACACCUACUUUGAAUGUUAUCACUCGAUUGAAUGUGCAGUAUCAGUGGUUAUCAGCUUAUAGAUAUUGGCCAGUAGGGGCCUUCUGUGCCUACUGGUAGGCUCAGAAGGCUGUUAUCAUCCAUCCACAUGAUUAAUCGGCUGUACUAAUAGAGAAGACUCCAGAUCCAGAUCUGUUUUUACAUAACUGACGGGUGGGUUGGCGUUGGGUUAGGGGUAGACGUUAAUAAAAUACAAUUAAUGGGAAAUUUAAUAAAUGAUAUAAAUCAUUCUCAUUAACUUCUGGCCGCAGCCGUAUGUGAUCUAUAGCUGAUUAACCAUGUGGAUGGAUGAUAACAGCCUUCUGAGCGUACCAGUUGGCACAGAAGGACCCCACUGGCCCAUAUCUAUCAGCUGAUAACCACUGAUAAUGGCCAUUCAAUCGAGUGAUAACAUUUGAAUCUGCUGUUCAAAAUCCAAAGUAAUUGUUUUGCCCAUGAACUCACACUAAAACAUUGUUUGGGUUCCUGAAAAUGCUGAAUUUUGGGUUUCAAAGUUCAAGUAUUUAAAAAAAUACAGUUAAUGAAUGUGAUUUUAUUAUUACAGGUUUAGGUUUGUGCUCGAGUAUGGAUCCAUGUCAAAUAAUAAUAAUAAAAAACUGCUUUUAGUACCUCAUUGUUCUGUAAACAUACCCUAAAGAUAACUAAUGUUGCUGCUACAGUUUAACAUCAAUCAUAUUAUCAUCUUUGUCCCGCCCCCCAUCUUUGAUUCUCUUCCUGAUUGGGUCACCCUUGACCUGUCUGGUAAAUGUAUUUGUUACCAGACCCCAGACCAGUGGCUUGCAUUCAUAAAUGCUUGUCUGCUUCUGUUUAUUGUCUUUUGCAAAACUGUAGAUAAUGUAAGCAGUACUUAAAAAAAAAUAUAUAUAUUUUUGUUCCAAAAAACAACAAAGGCUACAAAAAAGAUUAUUGGGUGAAAAUAGGAGUAACUUCGUUGCAUUUUCCUCAGUGUCAGGCUAAAAAUGCACCACUCUGAUCUGUAUGCAACAUUUAGAGUUCAAAGAAUGUUUGAGGAAGCUGAACGAAGGUUGAAGAGAACACAAAAGCUCCUCAAAAAUCAGGUACACCAAGGAGAAAAGCAGCAGAAAUCAAUAAUGUGUGUUAAAAGAGCAUGUGUGGGGUUUGUAAAUGUACUCCGGGAUGCUAUUUUUAUGCCGUACUGAUAUUCCUGAGUGUCUAGAGCAUGUGUUCAAAGGCUACUAAGCUGAUGUGGAAAAUAAUGACUAAGGUGCUAUCGGAGUGUGUCUUCAUGCCCGCUCUAGUCAUUGGUGUUUUUUUCUGUCCUGUGCGUGGAUGACAACUGAACGUCUAUGAAGAUUGUCAAGUCACCAGAAGAGAAAAAUGUCUUUAGUGAACAGUAGCCAGUGUUAUCUGUGAGUGAUCUUAAAGAGAGAGAGCUUCAUUUAGACCAUGCCCACUUCAGAACCAUUGCAUGCUGUCGUUUGGAUGAAAUACCAGGAAAAUAUGUUCCAGAAUGUUCCAUCUGUGGAGAACCCAGAACACCCUCUCUCUGCUCUAAAUACCAACAAGUUUUGAGGAAAGACGUGUCCUCCUGGUUGGUCUUCUCUCUUGAGUGUGUUGCUUUGAGAGAAUUUGCAUGAAUGUGUUUCAUGAAUCAUGAUUGACUAACUUAUACUAAGGUACAACCUUUCUGAGUUAUAAAAUUACAAAUUAUUACAAAUUAUCAAUGAUGCCG